AAGUUACUUUUCCAUGAAGCAUCUCAAAUCUGAGACUUCAAGAAAUGAGCAGAAGGACAGCAGCAGGUCUUUCCAUUUCAUAAUUGUAUUUGGCAACCGGAUUAACUUCCCAUGCGACCUACAUUUCCCAUGUGAUCUAUUUGAUACGAGAUAUAUAUGCAAAACAAAUUUAAAAUGUAUACAUAUAAGAUCCCACUCGUUUUGAACCCACAAACUCUAGAUUCUAUAUUUACCUCUGUCGCUUCAAAUAGUAGGUAUCUCUGAUGGUUUCUGAAUAAUCACCGCCUUAGUAAUCAGCUACUUCCCAACAACUCAAUUUUGGUACUUUGGGCUUGAAAUGUCCAACCGGAGGCACUCAUCAUAAUACCUAUGCUUAUGCCAUGACGCUUAUGCUUGCUAUUGGUGAAGCGUGAACUUUGUGGCAAAUCUGUAUAACUCCUCGUAUUGGUAGUAUGUAGGUUUUCAUCAUUGAGACUUAAACUUUUGAAUUAACUUUCUCAAACAAAGAAGUUGGAUUGAGAUACAGUGAAUCAGAAUAUUCAUAUGCGAUACAAUGGAAUUAAUCAGAUUCAGAAAUGGACUAUGAACAACUUGUUCGCGAGAACUUCAAUGCAGCAAUAAGUGUUAACCACUUUAGGGAAAUUUUCUAUAUAGAGUACUUUUGAGUGCUGGAUAAUGUGGGAGGAUGUUAGGCAGUAGACGUGGAGAACAUCCAGCAUGCAUAUGGUGGAUUGUGUGGAAGGAAAGGAAUGCCAGGUGUCUUGAAGAUUGAAGCAGCUCCAUCCAGAGAAUGAAAAUGAAUUGUAUUUUGUUAUUUUAACUUUUGUGUAAAGAAAACUAUGUAGAAAACUAUGUAGAGGAAGCUGAAACUCUUAUUAGAAUUCUUAGAAUCCUUGUAAAAAGAACAAGGCAACACUUUUGCUUUCGUUUGUAAUUGUAAAUAUGGGUCCAAUACAGCCUUUGUGCUGAUCAUUAGUAUACUGUUACCUUUCUCAGAAAAGAAAAUAGUUUGGUAUCUUAGCAGAAUCUUCUUUGACUAUUUACAUGCAACUUGUCCAACGAGCAGCUUGCUUUUUGCUCUGACAUUGUUGUCUCUGGUAUUUACUAUUCGGAUGAUGAAGAUUUUUCAGACUAGGAUAUUCUCAUAUUGUGAUACCAAGAGGCUCCGUCUCGGGUCAAACUAUCUGCAGCCCGAGGUAAUGCUCCGAAGUGUGCUCAUCGCUAUAAUUACCAAGCAGGUUUCAUGAAUUACAUGCAUCGUGAUGAAGAGGUACAGUUCACCCUUCCCCUGCAAGUUGUUGAUGCAGUAAUAUUUUUUAGUGAACUGCAAAAAUAGAAGUGUUUAUCUAUUUCAGAGAGAAAAAAGGGUUUCAAGCGUGUUAUUACACUAAUCUUUGUGUUAUGUAUGUAUCUGUGAACUUAGAAAGAGAGGAGUACGUACUUCGAUCUGAUUAUGACGCCAUGUUGCGAGGAAAGGAUAAACUAUGGUUCCCGCACUACUUUAAUGGUGCAUGUGUGGAUUGUUCCAACUCUUUUGAUAUUUUAACUGGAUGCUGCACUAUUUCCUGUCAAGGUUUAGUCCUUGUCGUUAUGCGGAGAAUCAAACAGUUCCUCCUUGUGUCUUGACAGCGAAGCGCGAGAAGUGCAUCGUCAAAAGAAAUAGAUCAACUUCAAGCUGCCAGGAAAGAGAUACAGAUCUUGUGCAUCGGAGAGGUAGCUUAGUACCUCGUCUGUUUGCUGGCUUGCAGGCAAGAAAAAAAGAUCUAUCUGCAGUUGUGUUGAUGCUCUAUCGGCCGAUCCUCAAGUCAGUCAUGAAAUACGCAGUAUUUGGAUUUCAUUCUGGUCACAGUCUCUUGGUCCGAAAAUCGCAUCUCAUCUCAACGUAAGGGCGACAAUGUGAAGACGAUAACAGUAUAUUCAUUUAUGUUGCUGUGUGCUGUAAGGAGUAAUCCAAGAAAACAAUGUUUCUUUUGGUAGAGUAUACUGUUUUGGUGAUUGGGUUGUAUGUUGUACCC